AUGCCGGCCAGGAUGAGGAUGAGGAUGAGAUGGACCGCUUAUACCGGGGUCUCUACAGCCCUGGCAGCUGGGGUCAUCCUCAAGGCUCUGGCACAGCGCCCUAACUUCUACUCUGCCGCAGUCUACCUCUCCCAGUCCUCCGCCAACCUCAUGGUCUUAACCAACCUGCUCUUCGUGGUUGCCUGCACCUUUUUGCUCGGACUCCAGAAACUGCUAUAUGGCAACCUUCGGCCGAUCGAGAUUGAACAGUUGUACGAGAAAGCAUGGUUUGCGGUGACGGAAACUUGUCUGGCAAUGACCGUCUUCAGAGGAGAAGUUGGCCUCGCCUUCCUCGCCAUGUUCUUUGCCUUAUUGACGGGGAAAGUCUGGGGAUGGAUUGGCGAAGGGCGUGUCGAAGUUCUGGAGCAACAGCCGCCUCGCAGUCCCAGGCUCUUCCAUACACGUCUCGCUCUAAGCCUUGGGCUGAGCGUCGCUUUCGAUUUGACAAUGCUCGAAUACGUGGUGAAGCAAGUCAUGAGAAUGGCACGUCCAGAUAUGAUGGUCAUGUUUGGGUUCGAAUUCGCUGUGCUGUCAAUCAUGAGCAUCAGUACCGCGAUGAGAUAUGCAAUCGACUUGGUGGAGAUUGGAAUCGUCCGCGAACAGAAACGACUCCGAACAGAAGAGAUCAAGAGGGAGAGAGUUCAGGCAGCUUUACUAGAAUUCCAGGAGGCGCAAGACACACAAGCAACGACAGGACCGACUCCCACCCAGCGCUCUAUUGAGCAGGUAUCCCAAGAAGCCCUCAGACAACCAGUGGACGAGAACGAGGUGGAGGUAGAAGGGUGGGAGGAGAAAGGUCGGUAUAUGUUCUACCUGAACCUUACGACGGAUUUCUUCAAGCUUGUCAUUUACCUGGCGUUCUUCUUUAUUCUACUUGUCUUCUACGGCCUACCGAUACACAUUUUGCGGGAUGUUUUCUUGACGAUGCGGUCAUUCUUGAAGCGGAUUUCUGAUUUCAUCAAAUAUCGGGCGGCGACGCGGGACAUGAACGCGCGCUAUCCAGAUGCCACAGAGGAGGAUAUUGGACGAGAAGACGUAUGUAUAAUAUGCAGGGAAGAAAUGCGGCCAUAUCAGCCGCCGGCUGCCGAGGCGGGUCAAGCCCAACCACGAGGCAAUCCGGUGGCCGAGAGGAUGAGGCCCAAGAAGCUUCCAUGUGGGCAUGUUUUACACUUCUCUUGUUUGAGAAGCUGGCUCGAACGACAGCAGAUCUGUCCUACCUGCAGAGCAAAUGUGGUCCGGGGCGGAAGGGCCGGUGAUGAUGCAGGAGGUGCCGGCCAGCCUGGGGUCGCUCAAGGACAAGAUGGUCAGCCUCAGCCGGGUGGGAGACAAGGCCCACGAAUCUACCAGUUCGGACCGCUGAGAUUUGGGGUGGGUGCGGUCAGAGGCAACAACAUGUUUGAAGAGCUACAACAACAGUUGGAUGACGUACGGCAGGUCGCGGCUCCGGCCCAGGGUCCGGCCCCUGCGAAUGGAGAUGCCAAUGCGCCUCACCAGUUCGGAGUAGGCAUCCGGUGGACUGGCGCUCGACGGCAACAAACAGGAGAGCACAACAUGACGACGCAAGAACAACUUGAUGCCUUGCGAGCCCAGCUUGAUCGCGAACUGCAGGAGCUCGCGCACAGCUCUGCCGAAUUGAGCGUCCUACGCUCCAUGCAGACCGAGAUGCAGAGAUUGAGGAACAGCAGACCUGGGGAGACUCCGAACAAUACAAAUCUAGAGGGCCAGGGCCCGGGACCAGCUCAUCAAGCCAGACCCGUUCCACGGUUUCCCCGGGUGGCUCAAACUCUUGCCGCCGCCGGUCCGCACGAAGUCAUACAUGCAGGGAGUGACAGGCUUCCACCAGGCCUCGUAUUACCAGAAGGGUGGUCCAUGAUGCCUCUGCGGCCGACAACACUCGACCCUAACCGGCUGGCAUUUCCAUCAUCCAUUCGGGGGUUCGUUCCAGGAGUCGAUAUGAUGCAAAGACGUCUACCUAACAAUGAGUUUGGGUGGUUGCCGCAGCCUCCGCCACCAUUCCCACAUCAAGCGGAACAGAAUGGAGCUGGUCUCGGGCCAGCUGCUCCCUUGUAUGUACAGCCGAAUGGCUUGCCAGAACAACCCCAACCGUUCUCAUCUCUGGGAGGGGCCGUCGUCCCAGAGCUGCGGCAUCAGACCGACAACAACAGACCACAGGCUAAUGGGACAUCUGGGGCUUCAACUAGUGUCAACGACGCCAGCAUCCUGACUGCCCCUUCGGGCCUCGAGGCAGGUAUACCCCAUGUGGUGGCACCGACCCAAGAACACGGAUCUUUGCCUACGUCUUCCAUCAUCCGUUCAGGCGUUGAGGAUGGGCUGCCCGCUACAGUCCUCCAGGCACCGGACUACCACCCCCCGCCUGCUUUCCCUCCUGACCAAUUUGAGUCUAUGAGAUCUCUGUUCCCUAAUUGGCACGGAAGUCCCGUGAACGGUGAGAACACCACUAUACAGACCCUGAAUGGUGGAAGCAGUGCCACCCGGGCGGAAACUAGUGAAGGGGACCAUCCUCCGCCAGAGAAUGGAAUCAGCACGGCUUCUUUGGAAAAUGCAGGAAGGAAUGCGGACGAGACUCGGAAUGAGGACGGUAGUAUCGCUCCUGUCUCAACUAACAAUACUCGCCCAGAGGAAGGUCCUGACAAAUCAUCAGCUGGGCAGUUGGCACGAAAAGAUAGACAUGCCACGGUCGAAGACCUAGUGGAGGAUCCGGAUUGA